AUGAAACCGCUCUGUGAAGCGGCUGUCCAAUCCGAAAUGGAGUAUCGACAAGAAAGCGCUGCAUGCCAAAUGCCUGAAUUUCAAACCCUGGACGGAUCAGCCACCACUAGUCGAUCACCGGUCACAUUUCGAGGAACUGACAACUUUGGCAACACGCUUAUCAACCUCCCUAAACGAGACCUGGUGACCUUCGAGGGAGAUCCUGCCCGCUACUGGCUUUUCAUGCGCUGUUUCGAGGCGAACGUCCUAAAGUCUACAACCGAUCCAACAAUCAGGCUUUCCUACCUGGUUCAGUAUUGUUCCGGCGAGGCCAAAAGAGCCAUCGAAAGCUGUCUAAUACUGGAUCCUGAGGAGGGAUUUACCGAAGCCCUAAACAUCUUGCGAAAGCGGUUUGGAAGGCCACACAUGAUAGCCAGGACGCACAUCGAUGCCCUCACGGAUGGCCUCGCGAUCAGACCAAACGAUUUUGCAACCAUAUCGACACUAGCUGGGGAGCUCCGUACCUGCUACACCACCUUGAGGCAAUUAAAGUAUGAAUCGGACAAAAAUGCUUCUCGGAUCAUUGGUGCCAUUGCAAGACGUGCCAGAAAACACGGCUAA